CUCAAAUGUGUCCUCCACGUAACACUUACAACACCGACCGUGUGACUGGUUAUGAAAAGUCCAGAGCCCUGCAGGUUAUGGAAACUUAAUUUUAAGUAAGUCGACGGAGGGAGUCGCUCGGAGAGAAAUAAACAGCAGACAGCCUGAGUUGGCACUGUACACUGAAACAGGAUGGCGUCCCCUUCACCCCAUGACCGCAGCCGGAGAGACGAUGAGGAUGACCCGGUUGAACGGAUGAUAUCCCGCACUGGCUGUGCUGAACUACACUAUGCUGUGCAAGAGUGCAUGGCUGAACACCAGGACUGGCGAGCAUGCCAAAACCAGGUCCAGACUUUCAAAGACUGCAUGGUGAAUUUCCAAAAGGCCCGGAAAGAACAGCUGAUGAAGCAGCAUCAGCCAACCUCCACUGAGUCUGCACCCAGCUGAACUUGCCAAAACCACACACAUACACACACUGGCUGGGUUGUGUUCUGGACCUGCUUCACAUGGUUGAGGUGGAAUGACUCUACCUAAUUUAAUUAUUUGUGAUGAAAAUAAAAUAUAAGCAGCUACAUAAAA